AUGUCGCGUCUGCCUGCCUGCGAGGCCUGCCGCAAGGCGAAGCUGGCCUGCGACCAUAAGCAGCCGGUCUGCACACGCUGUGUAAAUUCCAAAGGUAUCUGCAUCUAUCGAACGACGCCAUUCAAAAGAAAACGAACCGAGCAGAGUCACCAUUCCCCAGAGCCUUCGCCGUCAUUUGGUCCCAGGCGCAACCCAUAUCCAAAUCCCGGGUAUCUGGGGUCGUCCAGCCAUGCGGCUAUCUUCAAGCAUAUCACGCCAGACGGCGAUCAUAGCUUGAGCGGUCACUAUGCAGGCCAUACUACAGGUGCCGAAGUGCCAAAUACCCAAUGGGAUGGCGACAACCACUUGGUGCUACAGGGCGCCGAAGCCCUGCGAAAUCUGUUAAGUACAUACUCACUACCUGCCCUGAAGGACCUCGUCAUCUUCUGGCUGGCACGCGGGGCCAAUCUCGCACUGGCAGAGCCAUUCGUGGCCGCAUGCACCGAGAGUGUGAGCCAGCUCUUUACAACCCAUGACGAGAACUGGCAUCUAGUGUAUGCACGACGUCUACUACAAAAUUCUGCCUGCCCGCUACACAUAGACAGCACGUCCGACAUUCGUGAGUUUGCAGCGCAGUUUCUCGACCACAAUACGCGCUGGGAAACACUAGGCAUAUUCUUUGCAGCUGUCAGUCGAGCCACCAUUGACGUGGGACUCUUCCCGGCACUGUAUACGACCGAGGAAGCGCAGUACGCGCUGCGCAAGAUGUCGACCAAACUCAGCGACUUCGCCCUGGAGAUCUCGCUGUCGCUGGAUUGCCUGAACGACCUGCAGCUGAUUGUGCAGUACGAGAACUUCAUCGUGCAUUCGUACGUCGACGGAGACCAGAGCUACCACUCAUGGCGGAAACUCGGCGAUGUCAUCUCCUCGACGUUUGCUCUUGGGUACCACGAGAACAUCCAAGCUAAACCGGGCAUCCCGUUCUUUUUGAUGGAGCUGCGCAAGACGGCAUUUGCUCGAAUUUACUCGGCUGACAAGAACAUUGCUAUCUUUCUGGGCCGGCCUCCGCGCAUGAACAAGCGUUUCUGCCAUUUUCAGAUCCCCUCGUGUGGACCCCUUUCAGAUUCAGGUACGCAGCCACAUUCCGAGGACUGGGACUCGGAUUCGCGCGUUGGGUAUAGGGCUGAUACACGCUGGUCGGCACUAUGCGCUUCCUUGAAAGAAGAGAUCUGGGAAUUGCUCCAGGACAAGCAUGAUGCCGCAUGCGCGCAAAAAGCCAGUGCAAUCCAAACCAGAGCAGAAGCACAAUGGGAAGCCCUGCCGCCUCAGUUCCGACUGGAAACCCGAUUGAAACACUGCCCGCGAGCGCCAUUCGAGCGCGACUUUCUGGGUAGCGUGCGGCUCAACCAUCUGCACGUCUGCUUUCUGUUGCGUCUACUUCUUCUGAAUACCCCGACAGAGCCCGAUCCCGUUAUUGUUGAGACGGCAGGCCAGAUGCUGGCUCUUGUAGUGGAGAUCAUUCUUCUGAGAGACCAGCUCACGAAUUCGGGAACUGGAUUGAUCUGGAAGGUCGCCUACUUCGGCCUCCCCGCUGCCGGAAUCCUCCUCCUGGCCCUCCUCAACCCGCACCACCCGCCUCUAAAUAGCACGGUCACGGGGCUCCCACGUACAAAGCUCCUCCAAGACCUAAGCGUCUUCGCCGCCGAAGUCCAGAUUGGAACUAUCGUUCGUCCCGGUGACCCCAACUACGCACUCCUCUCCAAAGCCACACAGACCAUCCAGCGGUUCCUAGAUUCAGUGCAUGCCGAGCCUGCGCCGCAGCUGGCGCCCAAUCGUGCCCCUGCUCCUAAUACCGCUAAUUCUACUUCUACUCCUGAUCCUGAUCCUGCCUCUGGUCCAUCGGCAGUGGCGGCUACACAGGGCACAAGCAGUGAGGACUGGGCGGCGCUGCUGAACCAGGAUCUAUGGGAUUUCGAGGCUGGGUUCUGGCAGAGUCUGGCGGAUCAUCCGUCGUUGUUGGGUUUGGGGUGUGGGUCUGGGUCUGGGUAG